AGUUAAUUUUUACCGCAAAAGUUGUGGAUGGCGGACGUUAACAGCUGCACUUUGUUGUUAUGAUCGCUGUUUGGUUGUUUGCGUAUUUCGUUCGUGUGUGAAUUCCAAUCCAUUCCGUGAUAUAGAAUUAGCGCCAAGAGCCUCGUACCAUACCGCAAUCCGAGCACAAUCGAAACCGUUUAAGCUUAUGCAAGAGACUAGUUGGUGGUGACCACCAAAACCAAAAGUGCUCCAUUUCUUCCAUUUGCAUCGUCAACGAAACCAGUUUCGCCUGCACUCACGCCAAAUACACAAAUAAAUUGUCCAAAAAAGUGCACAGUCGAGUUCAAUAAACCUCCCCCUGCAGCGAUAACGACAACCUCUGGCCCCAUCAGGCCCGAAAUUGCAGUGAAAUCGAGUAUAAAUACCUGAUAAUUCUGAUAAGUUCAAGUGCAGACAUAGAGCUUUGUUUACCGUUGAAACAGAAGCUAAGCUUGCGACAAAGCGCGUGCGAGCAGGAGACGGGGGCAAUUAGAGCUAGGAGAACAGAACCACAUGUUGCCGCCGCCAGCUUUGUGAUAUGUAAUACGUGUGUGAGUGAACGAGACAAUCAAACAAAACACUCGAAAAUCCACUGAAUAGUUGAAUAUACAGAGACGAGGCACAGAACGAGCGUGUGUGCGAGCGACCUUGACUGAAGAGGGAGUGCGAUAAAAGUGCAAGAGCACGAGCAAGCGAGCCCGGUCAUUUUCCAAAGUCUAAAGAGCAUCUAUCUGCAUCUGGAGUUGCAUGGCAACCAGCGUCAUACGGAGCAGUGUUGUCUCAACCUCCGCCGGACGCCGCAACAUCUGCGACUGCCUGGCCAAAGAGUCCUCCGGUCUUAGAACUCUUCCGCUCAAGUCCCAGUCGUACAGCCAUCUCGGUGGGUGUGCCUGUCUACGUUGCCACUACCUGGCCAAAAAGGUAAUCGUAACCAGCACCAGCAACUCUUCUGACGACACGUUGCCUGUGGAGCAUAAACAUCAUCCCCUCAGUGCCAUUUCCCUGGGCACCCUGAGCACCAAGGAGUCGCUCAUCUUUGUGCGCCGCCAGCACUUGAUCCUGCCCCAGGAGGAGCAGCAGCCGCCUGCGCCGGUCAUCAGCUCCCCCCAUUCUCGCUGCGCAGUGCGUCACCCUCGUACAUCGAGCGCCAGCCGGAGAUCGAUCUCUGCGCCGUCGAGGCGCUUACUCUCGCAUCGGACAUGCCCGCGGCCACACGAACCAGCAUGGACAUCAGCCGAAACAACGGCUACCUGCACAACGGAGUGA